AGAAAAACAGCUUUGUUUAUUUUUCCGCUUUCUCUCUUUUAUAGUUAUUACUUAUUAGUAUUAAUUUUUCCAUAUGAACACAAAUGGAAUUUUUGCAGAGCGCCGGGAUCCGCGUUUGUCGAUCAUAGCGUAGAAUCUCAAAAAGCCAUUUUGCAUCUCGCUUAAUCAAUCUUCUUCGCGCGUAAUAGCCAUUGUUGACAUUCUCAUCUAUUUUCAUCAGAUUUUUGUUUGAUUGCAAGAGAUGGAGGUUUGAAGGUCAAUAGCAUUGUUAUUUACAGAGAAGGAAAUUUCAUUUGGGUUUAAAUACGUAUAUUGACCGAAAAAAAGGAAAAGAAAAAAGAAGCGAGACAAUGUCAAUGAGGAGUGAACAUCACACGGUCCCACUUUCGGUGUUACUGAAGCGUGAAUUGGCUAAUGAGAAGAUUGAGAGACCGGAACUAAUUCAUGGUCAGGCGAGUCAGAGUAAGAAAGGAGAAGAUUUCACUUUGAUUAAGACAGAAUGCCAAAGGAUGGUUGGAGAUGGCGUUUCUACUUAUUCCGUUUUCGCGUUAUUUGAUGGACAUAAUGGAUCUGCAGCUGCCAUUUACUCAAAGGAGAAUCUCCUAAACAAUGUCUUGAAUGCUAUACCAUUAGAUCUUAACAGAGAUGAAUGGAUUGCAGCAUUGCCAAGAGCUUUGGUCGCAGGCUUUGUCAAGACAGACAAAGAUUUUCAAGAGCGAGCACAAAUGUCAGGAACAACUGUCACUUUUGUGAUUAUUGAAGGAUGGGUUGUAACUGUUGCCUCUGUUGGCGAUUCCCGCUGUAUACUUGAAGCAGCUGAAGGAGGCAUUUAUUACUUAUCUGCAGACCAUAGGCUUGAUUGCAAUGAAGAGGAGAGGUCACGUAUCACUGCAAGUGGGGGUGAGGUUGGUCGUCUAAAUACUGGUGGUGGUGCUGAGAUUGGUCCUUUGAGGUGUUGGCCUGGAGGCCUUUGUCUUUCACGAUCCAUUGGGGAUAGGGAUGUUGGUGAAUACAUUGUUCCCGUUCCUUAUGUAAAGCAAGUGAAGCUGUCUACUUCUGGUGGUAGGCUUAUCAUUUCAAGUGAUGGUGUUUGGGAUGCUUUAAGUGCGGAAGCUGCUCUUGAGUGCUGCCGUUCGAUGUCAGCAGAUUCUGCAGCUACGCAAAUUGUGAAGGAAUCUUUACAUGCAAAGGGACUUCGAGAUGACACAACCUGCAUUGUGAUUGAUAUAUUACCACAAGAGAAGCCAGCUGCUCCUUUGCCCCCACCUAAGAAGCAGGGAAAAGGAGUGUUUAAGUCCAUGUUUCGUAAAAAGUCAACUGAAUCAACUUCUUAUGUUGACAAAGAGUACAUAGAACCAGACGUGGUGGAGGAAUUAUUUGAAGAGGGCUCUGCUAUGCUUUCAGAAAGGUUGGACACGAAAUAUCCACUCUGCAACAUGUUUAGGCUGUUUACAUGUGCUGUUUGUCAAGUAGAAGUGAAACCAGGAGAGGGCAUUUCAAUACAUGCCGGUUCAUGUAACCCAGGAAAGUUGCGUCCCUGGGAUGGCCCCUUCCUAUGCUUAAGUUGCCAGGAGAAGAAAGAAGCCAUGGAAGGAAAAAGGCAAUCUGGAGGUAUAGUAGUGGAAGUGAAUAGCCAACAACCCUCCACGGGUAUUUUUGCGUUUUGAGAGCAUUAACUAUUAUUUCAAAGUUGAUCAUAAUUGGGAGGGAAGCUGAAGCUUUUUCAGGACAAUAGUUCCAUUAUCUGUGAGCAUUUAGGUCCAUAGUGUUCCCACUUCUAUAAGUUGGACCCCAAUUUGGAUCUUUAUCUCAUGUUUUCAUGUUCCGAGUCAGAAGAUUCCGGCUAGACAACUUGCUUGCUUUUUCAGAAGAUCUCUUUUCUGACUUCAGAUUCAGAGUGAUCAAAACAGUGCAAACCUUGCUGAAAAAAAGGGGGGGGUUGUGGAAGGAUUGGAUAAAACUUGCCGGUGCAUAUUGUUUUCAGAGGUAAUACUUUUUCUUUCUGGAUCCACAAUGUUCCAGUUCAUAGAGUUACUAACCUUGAAUGAAAGUAGUAAUCUAGGAUGUAAUAUUAUUAUAUACGGAGUUGGAAAGAGACCUCAUAAACUUUCAUUUCGAAUUAGGAAAAUCUCUGUGCUUGUCAGCAAUCUGAAUGACUUUGUUAUAUCCUUCCUUCACAAGUAUAGGAAGGUAAAAAAAAAAAAACUUUUAAUUAGGCAAUUAAUUAAUUUAUUUUUCAUUUUCCAAAGGAGAGUUUGUUUCAAAGCUUUUCCUGUGCUGUGCUAAUGUGUGGAUUCCGCCUCCCUAUAUUUUGUUGUAAAACUAUUCCACCUUUACUUGAACCAUUUUAUAAAUGGUUUGAGGGAAUUUAUAAUCUAAAGGUUGUCAUGAUUUGGUCA